AAAAAAAAAAGAAAUACCUGGUUGGAUUUGGAUACAAAAAAAGCCCACCAGCGUGAGGCCAUUUUGCGUCUGAAAGCCCACCAGCGUGAGCCCACUUUGCGUCUGAAAGCCCACUACCAUGAGCCCACCUUGCGUCGUUGUUGUUGGAAACUCGUCUGAAAUUCUCCGUCUUCUUCUUCAUUCGUAAUCUGAGAAGCUUCUUUGUCUUUGAUGAUUGCUUUCUUCCUCCAGCAUCGUCGUCAAUGGAAACGAGAAUCCUUUGAUCUCUCCUCUCAGUCGUCUCUCUCUCGCCAUCUCCGCCGUCGGGCCAUGGUCGUCGUCAAUGGAAACGAGAAUUCGAAGCCCACCGUGUCGUACUCUGAGAAGUUUCUUUUCGUCUUUGAUCAAAAAUUGAUAGUCUCUCAUCUCUUUGUCUCUUGUACUUGGAUUCUUUGAUUGGGAUAUCUUCCUCAUGUUAGAGUUCCUCCUAGGUCGAGAUCGGAAUCUCAAAAACCUUGUUAGGUGCGAGGAGAAGAUGUGGGGAGAAGUAAUUCAAUUAAUCACGAAUCAUCAUUCAUCGGCGAUCAGCUAUUAAAAAGAGAUUUUUGUUGCCGUUUCUCGAAGAAGAAAGAAGAUGAAGGUGAAUAGAGAAUUUUGAUUUCUCAAGAAUGAAGAAGAAGAAGAAGAAGAGCGUGAUAUAUUUAUAAGCAACCACAAGGUUCUCUUGGGUUAUUUUCUUUUUUUCUUAAGCAGAGUAUCUUUGCUUCACUUAAUGAUGAUUUGAUAUUAAUCUAGCCGUUGGGAUUUUUCACUAUUUGUAAGAAAUUAGAGAUCCGAUUUGUUUAAUAAUAUUGUAGAGGAAAUCUAAAUUACAUCCUAUUUCCAUUUACUAAUCUCAAUCUAACCAAUAAG